UUCAUUGCUAAGAUGAUUCUUGAAAAUGAUUCAUUUAUUUUUCUCUGAUUCAAAUUCACCUGAAAGCUAAGGCUUUCUUGUUUUCUUGCUUGUUGUUUUUUUUUGUUUGUUUGUUUUCCCCUAGUUGUGAAUGAUUAUAUUUGCUCAAACUGUAGGAAGAUUUUGAAAGCCGGAAGAAAUUAAGUGAGAAUCUUGUUAGGAAAAACCAACUGUAUCUUAAACUAAGGUAGCUCUAAAUAAGUAUUCUUUGAAAGCUAAUUUAGCAAGAUUAGCAAGAUUAGCAUUUUGAGAUGGAAUUUUUGGGGAGACAAAGAAUAUUAGUAUGUAGUCUGUUAAUCUUGUAAUAAAGGCAAGAACAGUCUUGUUGAAAAAACUCCAGAUUGGAGGUGGAGGGAUAAAAUUGCUGUGUUAGACCAAAGUUCAGUCUUGGUAACUUGUCUUGACCUAGACUACACUAACUGGUAGCUUAGUAGCAUAGUUUCCAUUUUUUUGGGUAACUGUACCUGGUAUUGUUUGUGAAUUCAGAUAUCACAGACGCGUCUGGGUUUUGGCAGCCACUUUUUACCCUGUACAAUGUUAGCUUUUCAUUGUUGGAGAUGGGGAGAAAGGAUCAUCAUGUAUACGUCAUAGUUUAACUUAAAUCUGUGUAGCUAUCACAACAACAUCAUUGUCUCCCAGACAUCAUCCUGCAAGAGAAUCUGAAGUUGGAUAUCUGCAGCUGUCUGAAUUUACUGUUGAAGAAGAUUGGCAUAAGUGAUCCAUUUCUUGGCUGUUCUCUGUACCAUGUUCCUACAUGAGAGUCUGUUACCAAAUUCUUUCUUCAGUGCUUAAAUGAACUUUCCUCUUUUGAUAUCCAUCUUCACUUCCUUCUUGGACAGAAUUUGAGCAACGUCUGCGUAAGUGAACAGUAAUGCUGUCUGAAACAUGAUAAAAACCACACCCAUUGAGUCAUGCCAUAGGAUUUCCUUAUUAGAUUCAUUUCAAAGAUGUUUUGGAUUUUUUGGUAGCAGAGGAAAUUGUUGUCCUUCACACAGGGUUAUUUUAUUUUUAUUUAUUUUUUUUAAUGAGGACGGGACCAAAGAGGUAUUAUGAUUUAAAAUUAACCAACAUUGAUACAUGGUUUUGGAAUUUCUGUUUCUUUGCUCUGCCAGAAUGUUCUCCUCCUUUAGGAAGGUGAAUUAGUUUUUCACUGGUUUCCAAUAUGUUGCGAUAAUAAUUACCACAUUCUCCUUAGUCAGGCUGCUGGUAAAAGUAAGUGGCAUGAUUUAAAUUAUUGAAGGCCUUUUUAUCUGACCAUUUCAGAAAAACAGAGGGGCAACAGCAAAAAGGCCAGCUAGCCAAUGGCUUCCAUCAGCACCAUGAUAUUAAAUAUCUUAUGGAAUUUGUAGCACUAAUAUACCCUUUAGUGCGUUCUUGCAGAAGUGAAGAUAUUUAUUGGAUGGCUUCUCGUAUGAGUUGUGCCUGGUAGAUUUGGUAAGUGCCCCCUCCGUCUUUUACCUGCAUUCAGAAUCGUGUUUGCUGCUGAUCAAUAAUUAACUCACUGUUUGCCCAUAGAAGUCCUUUCACCCUGUGCUAAAUGAAGUAUGCUUACUGGGUACGUUUUGCUUUGAUUUGUGUGCUUGAAUGAGAGAGGGAGAGAUCUGUGUGAGGUUAUUAUUAGCAACCAAUUCAGUAAUUGCUGUAUGACGUUUUCUUUAUGCUAGCUCCCUCUUUGUCACUAUAAUGCAAUUGUUAAAACUGAUAGCAACCUUUGAGAUGUGACUGCCUGGGAGCACUUAGGAUAGUGUUUGUGAUAAAGCAGAAAGAAUUUUGUUGUAGGUCCUAACCUGUAAUUUGUAGAAAGAUGAAAACAACUUCAGAGCUCUUUUUUGAAGAGUUAUCUGUUCUUGACUGUGCAGACUCAGUCUAGGCUAUUCUACCUGAAAAAUUGGCAGUACUAAUUUGUUUUAAAGAUCAGUUGACAGUGCUACCAUUUCAAUAUGUUUUUGUUUGUAGUAUAGCAAGUACCAGGACCGUAAUUACUAGGUACUGGAAUAGACAAUGAAUUUCCCCGGUAGGAAGCAGCCAGCUUUCAGUAUUAGAAAAUACUGCCUAUGCUUCUCUUUCUAUGCUUUGUUUAUAUUUAGCAUGUAAAUUUCAAUACAUCCCAAAAGUACUGCACAACUUUUGGGAAUAACAUUGGUUGUGCUGCACAUUAUUUUGCCAGUAUGGACUGGAUCCAUGCAACUCCAUGCAUGGCUUUUGCUCACAAGAUCUUUUGAUGUUGCUGGUGACCAAACGUGAGUUGUUUAAAAAUAAAGACAAGCAAUGAUGAUAACGAAGCUGGAUGCACAUACAGUGUUGCCAAGGAGAAAUUGUUAAUACUGCAGCUAUGUUUAUGUAUAGACAAUAAAAUUGCAUGGUCUUGAAAGAACUGAACCUGAAAAUGUGUUUCUGCAUCACUUGCAACAUGAUUAAUCAUAGUAUUUUGCAGACAACCAAUGCUAACUAAAAUAAAAUUAUAUGCAGUUAAUAGAAAAUAGUAGGUAGAAAGAGACAAGGUCUUCAGAUUAUUAAUACUAAUGUUCAAAACACUGAAACUUCCUAAAGCCUGGAGAACACAGUGAGAUACAGUAAAUUUUUUAAAAACGACUACCAAAAAAGAAACAGGCUAACCCAGAUGACUUCAGACUUGCUCGACUUUACAUGGAUCUUAUGAGAUGGGGAAAGUGAGGAGAAAAUAGGUAAAUAGCCAGUAUGGGGUUUCUUGUUCUUAAAAGAUUUAAGAAAGCUGAUGCAUGCUAAUCGUUGUAGCUUAAUGGAAGAUUGGUCUGGUCUAUUUUGAUCACUCUAGUUUGAAAACUAUCAAUUUUAUCAGCCAAGUUUGUGCAAUUCACUGAUGUAAUGCAUUCUUGGUUCCUAAUGUAUUUGAUCCCUUCAACCUUUUGAUUACUACUACAUGACUUUUUGUCUGAGAAAUUUGAAAAUACAACCGCCAAAUUCAUCCAAAUGGAUAUAGCAGAAGUAGCGAAUUGAUGAUCAGCUUUGAUUCUGAGCUCACAAUCACAAAAGAAGAGUUUUUUAAGCAGGUAUUCUGGGUGUUAAUUCUUGGCCUAAAAUAUGGUUUUGUUGUUGUUGUUGUUGUUUUUAAGUACAGGGAAAAAUUAAGUAUUAGAAAAAUUCAAACAAUUCAUCAAACAAUCAAACAAUGACUCAUUUAAGUUGCUUUAGUUUUUUCUCAUCAGCCAAUCACAUAAGAAUACAGAGAGAUCUUCAAAUCCCUCUAUGGGAAGGAGCUUUUUGAACAGGAUUGUGAAGUCUACUGGAUGUAGAUGUGAGUCAGUUUCUUCUCUGACAGAAGGAUGUGGUAUUUGCUAUGCGCUUCUGGAGAUGAGGCGAACUGACUUAAAAAUGAAGAUGGUUUAGUUUUAACAGAAUGUACUUCAGAACCAGCUGUUCCUCUUCAAUUUUUGUAGGAGUUGUUCAUUUGCCCAGAGAUUAUUUUUACAUAAAAUCCAAAUUACAGGCAUUUUUACACUGUCAAACUCUUAAACACUGGCACUGAAGGAAAUCCUUAGCCAGAGAUAAGAUUAGGACCAGAGCAGAAGUGAGACAAAUACUAUAGCUUCUUACUUUAACAUAAUUGAAGCAGUUUGAGAGGGAUUGUGGUGGAUUCUUUAAUCAAAACAAUAAUUACUUAAUAAUGAAAUACUAUUGGACUAUGUAUUUUCUCUUCAAUACCAGUGCACACUUUGUAGUCCAACCUGGUUGUUGCUGGAUUCUGGAUUUUGAAUCAAUUUCAUGUACGAGUCAAAGCAGCUCUUGGGUACAAGUAAUUAGCUCCAUGCAGAUGGAAUAGGAGGUAACCUAUUUUUCCAUGCCUGUAGUCUUUUGCUGUACAAGUUGAUCAUGUUUGUUUUCAGGUUUAGGCACCGAACUGUCCAGAAGUUUGGUAAGUGAACAUUUAGCUAUUAGUCAUGUUUGAUUUGUUUAUUUUUUAACUGUUUCCCUAUCUCUUCUAAGGCUAUGUCAUACCCAUUUGGAUAGAGUUAUCAUAUAAGCUGCCAGUUAGGCCAUUCUGCUGUUGAGCAAGGAAUUAUUGAACCUGGAACUCAGCAGGUUUUGUUUUGGAGUAGUAUAAAGUAAUUUCAUCCUUAUUUUUGUCUGAGUCUGGAAAGAAAUUAUUUUGAUUUCUUUUUUAAGUAUUUUUCUUGAAAACAUUAGCAAGACAUUCUUGAAAAAAAAAGUUGUACAUUUGUAUUCAUGGAAAAAAAAAUUUUCUUUUUCUCCAAUAAUCCCAGUGCACGGAGAUCAAAUUUAACAAUUUCCUAGUUGUUUUGACAUGUUUUUAAACACUAGCAAAACCAGGGAGACGCCUUUGUUGAUAUAGUUGACAUUUGUACUGAGCUUAUCAAAAGGUACUUUCCUAAUAAUUUCUCCUUAGAUAAAUUUCAACAGAUCCUAAUGAAGACUUGAUUAGAAGGAUUCUGAUUGCAGACAAAUCUUCAGGCUGACCUGUUAGCUGCCAAUGGGAAGCCAUUUCAUUAUCCACUAUCUGAGUUUCUUGAGAAUGUUGUGAGAACCAAACUGAAGUUAGCAACGUGUUUGGAAAUUAUGAAUAUUCAGUAUGAGGUAACCUGAAGUAGACUUGAAAUAUAUUUAGCUCUUCAUCCACUUCUAGUCCUUGUACCUAAUCGUUCAGCAUUUAGUUCUCCCAAAAGGAGUGAUUCCUUAGGCUUCAGGAAAUGUAAAAUCCAACUGGGAAAUUUCCACUAUACUGACUAUAUGCUGAGUUUUUGUAUCUUCUUGGAAGAUGGAAUAUGUGCCCUCUUCUCCCUAACCAAGUCAAACAUCUUGUAAUUGUAAGUAAUCUAAGUAAUUGUUUCCUGCUUCUGAUAUCCUGCUGCUUCAGUAGACAAUGAUCCAUCCACAGGCUGUAAGGGGGCUGAAGCAGCUUCUCCUUGGUGCAUGUCUCUUCGUGAAAAUGAUGUGGAGGAGGGGAGUGAAGGUAGUUUAAACAGUUCUUUUUUUUUUUUUUUAUCUCUACUGGAUCCCUGUCAGCAAGGGGAGGAGGAGGUGAAGAGCAGUGACCUGAGUGUAGCGAACAGUGUUACCCUCUUGCGUCAGGAUUAUUUCAUUUCUGAGGGGAAGUUAGAAGCUGCAGCAGCAAUAAAAGCAGCAGUUUCUGCUUCAUCUUCCAGAGCAGCGUAAGCAGGCAUCCAUACCAUGACACUCCACUGCAUGCAUCUUUUUCUCUUGCUUCUGCUCAGUUCAUGGUGGCCGAACUCAGAGAAGCACGUGGUGGGAGCUGUGAAGGUCAGGGAGCACUAUAUAGCAGCUCAGAUCACUGUUUGGACCUACAAACCGGAGUCUGAGGAAAAGUCCAGACUGACACAUUUGGAUCCUGUGUUUAAGAAAAUUUCUUACAGAGAAUAUGAAGUGGAUUUUAAAAAAGAAAAGCCAGCAAAUAAGUCUGCAGGACUCCUUGGGCCAACUCUGCGUGCCGAAGUGGGAGAUACUUUAAUAGUUCACUUUAAGAAUAUGGCUGACAAGCCCAUCAGUAUUCAUCCCCAAGGCUUAGUUUACAACAAAAAAGCAGAAGGCUCCCUGUAUGAUGACAGAACAUCAUCUGUAGAAAAACAAGAUGAUUCUGUGCUUCCAGGCCAGGUCUACACAUAUGUGUGGGAUAUAACAGAAGAAGUUGGUCCAAGAGAAGCUGACCUUCCUUGUCUUACUUAUGCAUAUUAUUCUCAUGAUGACAUGGUAAUGGAUUUUAACUCUGGUCUGAUUGGAGCAUUGCUUAUCUGCAAGAAAGGAAGUCUAAAUGAGGAUGGGUCACAGAAACUUUUUGAUAAGGAGUAUAUACUAAUGUUUGGUGUGUUUGAUGAAAACAAGAGUUGGCAAACAUCAGCAUCACUUAAAUACACAAUUAAUGGGUAUGCUGAUGGAACGUUACCAGAUUUAGAGGCUUGUAUGUAUGACAACGUUAGCUGGCAUUUGAUAGGAAUGAGUUCUAAGCCAGAAAUUUUCUCCAUUCAUAUAAAUGGCCAGGUCAUGGAGCAAAGACAUCACCGAAUUUCUACUGUUAACCUAGUGGGAGGAGCAUCAACCACAGUGAACAUGACAGUGAGCGAAGAAGGAAGGUGGCUGAUAUCUUCUCUUGUCCAGAAGCACCUGAAAGCUGGAAUGCAUGGCUACCUUACUGUAAGAGACUGUGGAGACAGAGAGGUGAAGAAGAGUCGUCUGUCCCUGAAGGAACGUCGCAUGGUCAAGAACUGGGAAUAUUUCAUUGCUGCAGAGGAAGUCAUUUGGGAUUAUGCCCCAACUAUUCCAGACAGCCUUGAUAAACACUAUAAAGCACAACAUUUGGACAACUACUCAAAUCUAAUAGGCAAAAAGUAUAAAAAGGCUAUUUUUAGACAAUAUACUGAUGGCAGCUUCACCAAACGUCUGGAAAAUCCUCGUCCCAAGGAAACCGGGAUUUUGGGUCCGAUUAUAAGAGCUCAAAUAAAUGAUAAAGUUAAAAUUGUAUUCAAAAAUAAGGCCAGCAGACCCUACAGUAUGUACUUCCAUGGAGUGACACUUUCAAAGAAUGCAGAAGGAGCUAAUUAUCCUCAGGAUCCCGCAGGCAAUGCCACCCAGAGUAAAGGAAUUCAACCGGGGAAGACCUACACAUAUGAAUGGCAAAUUGCUAAAACAGAUCAACCCACUGCACAGGAUGCACAAUGCAUUACCCGGCUGUAUCACAGUGCUGUAGAUAUUGAGAGAGAUAUAGCCUCUGGACUGAUUGGCCCACUUCUGAUCUGCAAAAGUGAAGCACUUACUCAGAAGGGUGUGCAGAAAAAGGCAGAUGUGGAGCAGCAUGCAAUGUUUGCUGUGUUUGAUGAAAAUAAGAGCUGGUACAUAGAAGACAAUAUCAAGGACUACUGCAGCAACCCUGCCACUGUUAGAAGGGAUGACCUCAAGUUUUAUAACUCAAACAUAAUGCACACGAUAAAUGGCUAUGUGUCUGACAGAAAUGAAAUCCUUGGAUUUUGCCAAGAUAAUGUUGUUCAGUGGCACUUCUCCAGUGUUGGCACUCAGGAUGAGAUUGUCUCUAUUCGCCUUUCUGGGCAUGCUUUCCUGUAUCGGGGAAAAUACGAAGAUGUUUUGAACCUUUUCCCAAUGAGUGGAGAAUCAGUCACAGUGGAAAUGGACAAUAUUGGCACUUGGCUUUUAGCAUCCUGGGGUGCCACAGAGAUGAGUUAUGGCAUGAGACUGAGAUUCAGAGAUGUCAGAUGUGACUAUGAGGAUGAUAGCUCAUUUGAUGUUGUGGAUUUCACAAACACCAAGACUGAUAAAAAGGCUCUUUCCACCUCAGUUGAAGAAGACGUGGAAGUAGAAACAGAGGAAGAUGAUUCAGAAUAUCAGGAUUUGCUGGCUUCUUUUUACUCCAUCCGAAGUUUGAGAAAUCCCGGAAAAAAUGAAGAAACACAAAACCUUACAGCACUGGCCUGGAGACAAUAUGAAGACGUUGAUACUGCAAGUUCUAAGGUGGCUGUUGACUCAGAUCUGACAGUUACAAAUGGUAGUAAAUUGACAGAGUUCUUAAAAACUCGUAUUGCUCCUCCUCUCCAAAUUGAGGCUGAAACAUUCCAGUCAAAUUAUACAUCAGUCACAGCAGAAGAGUACGUACUUUUAGCUAGCGCAAGUGAUGGAAAGCCUGACUUAAUAUUUGAGAAUAGAAGCCAAAGCGAUUAUGCAGUAGAUCAUAGUAGUAUGUCUGGAGGUGAACACUUGCUGAGCAAUGGAGAAGCCCAUGUGAGAGCUGCAGAAGAGCCUCUGACUGGUGGAAAGGACAGUAAUUUUUUUACUGAAGAACAUCAAGAAGAAAGCACAAGGAAAGGAAAUAACAGCAGUAAUAGUAAAAGGAAAAGGCGAAGCUCAGUGGCCAUUAAAUUUUACUCCGUCCAAAAGAUGAAAGCCCUUCUAAAUUACGUAAGAAAUAAAAAUAUCUCCUUUUCUGACAAGACAAAUAUACCUAAUUCCAUGCAGCAUACAGAGAACACAUCCAGCAUAGCCACUGUGGGGGAUGGCCAGCAUCUGAGUGAUUAUGAUGAUGAUCUGGAAGAGGAAGAAACUAAGGGGGGCAAUGCCAUGCAUGCUGGUAAUUUGACACUUGAGUUGGAAGCCACUGUAGAAGAAAAUGAGACUAAUGCAUCCAGCCUCUCUCAACUUGAGCUAUCCAAAGAUAAACAAACAGAUUCUUUUUCUUUAGAUCAUACAUGGGGCAAUAUAAGACCUAAUUCAAGCCCUGCAUUAGUGAAGAACUUUCUGGAAGCAUCGUUGCCCAGGUCUGUGAAGUAUUCAUCUAAAAUGACAGAUGAGGAAUGGAAUUUGGUGUCUGCAAAGGGGAGUCAAAGACUGGAGGCAAAUUUAGACAAAUCUGUUAGUGGUAAGUUGAAUUAUAGAGGCAGAAAUGGUACAAUAUUCCUGAAUAAGAAGCAUAUGAAGAAGGAUGAAGGAUUCUCACGUCUAAUGGGAGAAAAACAUAAAGGCAGCCACAUGCACCCACCUCUGAAAAGAAAGGAAGGAAACAAGAAUGAUACUUUGAAUACAUCCGGAACCUUUGUCAAGAUCCGAAGGAAAAAAAAGGAAUCUCGAAAAACUACUCAGUUUUUGAACCCAAGGAGUAAAAAGCCCGAGAAAUUCACCAAACCUACUGAAGAGUUUGGCCGCGCACUGUUUCCGGGUGAGGCCAACCACAUAACACUGCCAUGUUGCACUAACACCACAGAGUCACCCAGUAAGUCCAACCAUGGAGAAUUGCCAGGUUAUACCCAGCAACUUAAGCCAUCCAUUGUCAUUGGGCUUCCCCAUGAAAAUGGAAACUAUGAAUACACUUCAGGAGAAUAUUACAGUGAAGAUAGAUCGGGUGAUGAAUAUGAAUACUAUUAUGUGAGCUUUGAUGACCCAUACAUGACAGACCCAAAACUGAAUGUCAAUGAACGGCGUAACCCAGACAACAUUGCUGAACAUUACCUGCGUAGCAGAGGGAAUGAGAGGAGAUACUACAUUGCAGCUAAGGAAGUCUGCUGGAACUAUGCAGGACUUAAAAAAAGUACGAUGAUGUAUGACAAAAUCUGUAAAGAUGGCAGCACAAGAAAGGUGAUUUUUCAAAGGUACACAGACAGUACCUUUACAAUUCCUCAGGAUGAAGGCGAAUAUGAAGAACAUCUCGGCAUCCUGGGACCAGUUAUCCGGGCUGAAGUGAAUGAUGUAAUCCUAGUUCAUUUUAAGAAUCUGGCAUCCAGACCAUAUUCCCUCCAUGCCCAUGGACUUUUUUAUGAAAAGUCCUCUGAGGGAAGCACUUAUGAUGAUGAGUCUAGUGAUUGGUUUAAGGAAGAUGAUAAAGUUCAGCCAAAUAGCAGCUAUAUAUAUGUAUGGUAUGCAAACAGGCGAUCAGGACCACUGCAGCCAGGAGCAGCUUGUCGGUCCUGGGUCUACUACUCCGAUGUAAAUCUGGAGAAAGAUAUGCACUCAGGUUUGAUUGGGCCAAUACUGAUCUGUGAAAAAGGAACCUUCAGUGCAUCAAACAACAAUGCAACGAACACCCGAGACUUUUUCCUGCUUUUUAUGGUCUUUGAUGAGGAAAAGAGUUGGUACUUUGACAAACGCUCUAGAAAGCCUUGUACUGAGAAGACCCAAGAGAUGCAACAGUGCCACAAAUUCUAUGCCAUUAAUGGGAUUACAUACAAUUUGCAAGGCCUGAGGAUGUAUGAAGGUGAACUCGUCCGAUGGCAUUUGCUAAAUAUGGGCAUGCCAAAAGACAUUCACGUUGUUCAUUUUCAUGGACAGACAUUCGUAGAACAAAUAGAGCGAAAGUACCAGCUUGGUACAUACACACUCCUUCCAGGCUCAUUUCAGACAGUUGAAAUGAAGCCACAGAGACCUGGCUGGUGGCUUUUGGACACUGAAGUGGGGGAAUAUCAGCGAGCAGGAAUGCAGGCAUCCUAUUUGGUUAUAGAGAAAGAGUGCAGGAUUCCAAUGGGUAUGGCAAGUGGAGUUAUACUUGAUUCGCAAAUCAACGCUUCACAUCAUAUAGACUACUGGGAACCUAAGCUAGCCCGAUUAAACAAUUCUGGAACAUACAAUGCUUGGAGUACAACAAUGACAGAUGAUCUCCCUUGGAUUCAGCUUGACACAUCACAGGGAAAUGAAGCUUAUGUAAUUAUGGCUUCAAGCACUGUACUCUUCAGUUGCCUCACUUCAGUGUUUUUCUUCUAUCUGAUCACUUUUGCACCAGAUGGCUAAGGUAAACCCAUAUCUAUAAUUUCUUUAAAAUCUCAUGAAAAUGACCAGUUGAGGGAAGAGAGAGACUCAAACUAGUAUUGCAGUGUAAGUUCGACAGGUAGCUGUUGUGUUUAGCUUGUUAACAUUUGGCAUGCUAGCAAGCUAGUGGAGGUGAAGUUGGGGAACUGUAAAAAAUGUUGAGAAAGAAGUUGAUAAGGGCUAUAGUAAUGAGAAGCUGAGGUUAUUGCAAGAGGUCAUGCAGAGAUGUGGAUGGAGGGCAUAUCCCAGAGAAUCAGUUCCACUGCUGAUAGGAGUAUCUUGCUAAUCUGUUCUUAUGUGCUCAGUGUUUGGAUCCAAUAUCAGAAGGAAUGGGAUGGCUUUCCAUCUCUUCAGAAUGUAAGAUUCCUUUUCUCAGCCUGGAUAUCCAAAACAAGAGGCAGCUUAUGAAAAUGCAAGUCUUGAAUUUCUCUAUACUACUUUUGCCUAUCUGCAAAAUAGAGUUAGCACUUUUGCCUAGCACAGACACAGAUAUUUUGUAGAGCUUUUGUAGUGCUCUGGUGAACACUGGUAAAAUGAACUCUGAAGCAAAUACACAUAUAAAAUUAAAGACUGUUCAUUUGGACUCUGGAAACUGUUUUUAUUCCUCCUGAGGGUGUUAUAUUGUGGGUACCAAAAAAUCAGGGCUCAAAGCUACUCUGUAGGUGCCAAAGAUUGCAACUUAUUUCAUCAUGCAGUUCUGGCUUUAGAGACACUUGUUUUUCUGUUUCUAGGUGGACUUUCAAAGACAAGUUCUGUUAACUGGAAUACAGACACAGGGUGCCAAGCAUUUUUUAAAGUCCUUCUACGUCGAGAAGUUCUUUAUUGUUUACAGCAAAGACAAACGAAAGUGGAACACUUUCAGAGGAGACAG